UGAUUACGCAGCAGCAUAUGAAUGCGAACAAUCGCGCCCCAUAAGUGUCAUAUUUGAGGAUUAUUACACAAUCUCCGCUUUUCAGGAUGUCGUUUGUUAUGUCUACAUCAUUUCUACUGGAACUUUAUACCAAUCGACAUCUGUCUGCAAUACACUGUAAAUGAUUGUUAAAUGCGUGAUGGAUACAGUGGAUGAGGAUUGCGAUUUUGCCUUUUGGGAAUACAGAUCAGUACGUGUCAGUGUUUGAUACUGAUGCGUAAUCACAUCGGUGUUGAUGAUCGGACCCGUGAGCUUGCGUUUUUUUGUGUGUGUGCGCGUGUGUUUUUUUUGAUGGCCAUCACACGCUCAUAAUCGAAAGCACACCGCCUUAAAGCCCAAUUUAAUGGAUGGCAUAUUAUUUAAAGCGGAAAUGUAUUACACCUGAACGGAUUACUGACCCAAACCCUAAUAUGACAUAUCAUUUUCUGUGGGAGUAUAUUUACGUGUAACAGUAAGGUAAGGGUUUGAUUGAAGGACAUGUAACCGUAUACAAUAGCUGUUUCAUCUAAAUAAGGCCUCUCAACAGACUGAGAAUAAGUUGACAAUAUAUAAAAAACAUACCAUUUGGAAACCAAACAAAAUUGUUAUUUUUUGAAAUACAUAUUAUUAAGCAAAAUGGUCACCACUUAUUUAUAUUUUAACAAAAAUAUUCUCCUCAGAAUGAGAUUUUUUUAAUCAAAAGAGGCCAAGAGUAUUUUUAAGGGGAAAAGAGUUUCUAACAACUGAAAUAAAAAUAAUUUAAAUAAGAAAAAAAUGAUGUGGACAGUGGCUUGGAGGUCCCUGGUAUGCACAACAUUUUUAGCAUCACUUUUAGCAGUGGGAACUGCUUUUCUUGGAGGUUUAAAUGCUUCAGAGAAGGAUAUUUUUAAUGACUUUGGGCCGUCGUUCCAGCUCAUUGAAAAGUUAGGAAAACUUCACACCACUACUCUUCACCCUAACUUGUACUUUAGCCAGGACGAUGUACCGCUGUUAAGACAAAGAUCAACCACAACUCAUAACCAGAUUUUUAAAGUCAUCCGUGGAGCAGUGUUGACUAUGCUCUCCACAGGUCCUCUUUACAUGCCUCCCGCAAAGCACAAUGAGUUCACCAGCAAGUGGAAUGAGAUUUAUGGCAACAACCUCCCACCUCUGGCUCUCUACUGUUUACUGUAUCCUGAGGACACAGCUGCCAUACAAUUUCUCAUUAAGUUUAUGGACAGAAUGUCAGAAUAUCCUGACUGGAAAGUAACCAGUGCACCUAAUGAUGAAGUGCCAAUGGCUCAUUCUCUCACAGGAUUUGCUACUGCUUUUGACUUCAUCUACUCAUCACUGGAUCAUCAGCGCCAGGACCUGUACUUGAAACGGAUACGUUUUGAAACGGAAAAGCUCUAUAAUAUGUUAAAGUACAGAGGCUGGGGGAAACAGUUUUUACAGAAUCAUCAAACAACUAAUAUUGUAGCUAUUUUAACUGGUGCAAUAGUUCUGGGUGCACAUGAUGACAUUGACUCGAUGGUUUGGAAACAGUUGUGUGUAAAUUACAUGGAAAAGACAAUGUUUCUGUUAAACCAUAUUGUUGAUGGCUCUUUGGAUGAGGGAGUGGCAUAUGGAAGUUACACAGCAAAAUCGAUCACACAGUAUGUUUUUCUAGCACAGCGGCACUUCAAUAUCGACAACACAAAGAACAACUGGCUUCGUACUCAUUUUUGGUUUUAUUAUGCCACUUUGCUGCCAGGGUUUCAGAGAACGGUUGGCAUAGGGGACUCAAAUUACAACUGGUUCUAUGGACCAGAGAGCCAGUUAGUUUUUUUAGACACUUUUGUGAUUAAAAAUGGGUCAGGAAACUGGCUUGCACAGCAGAUAAGGAAGCACAGGCCCAAAGAUGGUCCCUUGGGACAAUCCUUUGCCCAACGUUGGACAACCCUUCACACAGAGUUUAUCUGGUAUACUGCUGACCUUACACCACAACCACCUUAUGGGUACAAUCAGGCUAAGAUGCACAUAUUCUCAGACUGGGGUGUGGUGACCUAUGGUGCUGGUUUGCCUAUGGGCCAAGGAAAUACAUUUGUCUCAUUUAAAUCUGGAAAGCUGGGUGGUCGGGCUGUGUUUGACAUCGUCCAUACUAAGCCUUACUCAUGGGUGGAUGGCUGGAACAGCUUUAACCCUGGUCAUGAGCAUCCAGACCAAAACUCAUUUACAUUCGCCCCCAAUGGACAAGUAUUCGUUUCUGAGGCAUUAUAUGGCCCCAAAUAUAGCUACUUAAACAACGUCUUGGUCUUCAGUCCUUCUCCAACAAGUCAGUGUAAUGCCCCUUGGGAAGGCCAACUUGGGGAGUGUGCCAAGUGGUUGCGCUGGACCGACAAAGGGGUUGGAGACUGUGCAGGAGAGUUGAUUGCAGCCUCUGCUCACAGAGACACAAUGUUCAUGAGUGGGGAGGCAGGAGCAGCCUAUUCGUCAGCCAUGAAAUUAAGAAGUGUUUACCGAGCUCUGGUUCUCCUAAACUCACAGACUCUUCUGGUAGUCGACCAUGUUGAGAAAAGUGAGGACUCGCCACUGAAUGCAGUCAGUGCGUUUUUUCACAACCUCGACAUUGACUUUAAAUAUGUCCCCUAUAGAUUUAAGGACAAAUAUAAUGGGGCAUUAAUGGAUGUCUGGGAUGCUCAUUACAAAAUGUUUUGGUUUGAUAAUCAAGGAUACAGCCCCAGUACACAGAUACAGGAGGUAGAGCAGGCAGCAGAGUUUAAAAAGAGAUGGACACAGUUUAUCAACGUCACCUUUCCUUUUACUGAUACAUUUGUUAGAAUGGCUUAUGUUAUGCAUGGGCCUUACAUUAAAGUUUCCAGCUGCAGGUUCGUUGACAACAGUAAGAAUGGUCUCAAACUUUCGAUUGUGAUUAACAACACUGAGAAAAUAAUUUCUGUAGUAACCAAUCACAAAGACAUAGGGGCACGUUUAAGGUAUCUGGGCUUUGGGGGGUAUGCUAAGGUCGAAGACAGACAUCAGACAGUCCGUUUUGGCUUAAAUGUGCAUUUGGUCCAAAAACAGAAAACAAUGCACAGUCAUCUGUUUGAUGUAGGAUUUAUGCUAAAUGUUAUAGCUGGCAUAGUACUGUGUGUGGCGAUUGUUUUUCUGACCCUGCAACGCAAAAUUUACAUUUGCUUUAGCAGACUGAUACGCUACGUUCUGCUCUCGGUGUUACUGCUGUGGACCACCGAGCUUCUGUUUGUCUCCAACACCUGCGAUCAGCUCCUGUGUAGGGUAAAGUGGCGAGGAGUCACCACUGACCCUAAACUUAGCAAGCAAAUUAACAUCUAUGACCAGCAUCAACUCCCUCUACCCACUGUAGUGAUAACAACACUACCUGGCUCUGGAUCAGACAUACUUAAACAGCUUUUUUACAACUCCUCGGACUUUGUCUACUUGCGCAUCCCUACAGAGCACUUGGAUAUACCAGAAACAGAGUUUGAAUUUGACUCUUUAGUAGAUGCUUGUGAAUGGACCCAGUCAGAAGCACAGCACGGGCGUUUUAAAAUGAUUCAGGACUGGCUACAUUCACUGGUCCACAACACACACUUAUUCUUGCAAAAUAUCCCACUCUAUGAAAACAGCAACAUCAAAUUGGCACAAAGAGUUAGUCUUUCUCACAAGAGGAAAAGGUUAAGAAGAAGGGAGUCAGUGGCUGAAAUGAAGGGACGGGUGCGAGCUGCUUUGAACAGAGAUGUCGAGUAUGUCAGAGAGUUGAGAAAACACACAGCAGAACACCCUAAUGCCUGUGUUGUUCUGAAUCUGUGCAGUGGCAGUUGGGCUCUUAAACUGCCUUUUUUGCAAGAAGUUAUUGGCUCUUCUUUUAGAGCCAUAUAUGUCAUCAGGGACCCUCGAGCGUGGAUCUAUAUGAUGCUGUAUAACAGCAAACCUAGCUUAUAUUCCCUUAAGAACAUCCCACAGCACCUAGCUCUUAUUUUUAAACAACAUAUGCUUAGAGACAAAUGUACGACAUUCGCGGCUGAAUUUAGGAUGCUGUGGCGGCUCAUAUCUCAUUCAGAGACCAAUCCUGUGUUGUUGCUGGCCCACCUGUGGCGUGCUCACACUGCUGCAGUUCUUAGAGUUACAGCUACCUUAUCUGAGGACAUUUAUCUUCAAGUCAGGUUUGAGGAUAUUGUAAAUUAUCCACAAGACACAGCUGAGAAAAUACACUCUUUCCUAGGGAUCCCUGUAUCACCCUCCGCUCUGAACCAGCUCAUGUUCACCACAUCCACAAACUUGUACAACUUAAUGUAUGAGGGGGACAUAUCACCAGACAACAUUAACAUAUGGAGGCAAAAAUUGCCAAGAAGAGACAUUAGACUCAUUGAGGACACAUGUGGACUCCUGAUGAAGAAACUUGGGUAUCAAAGGUUCAGUGAUUGAUUAGCUGCAUGCCAGCUGUUGUUGUCAAUCUCUUGUAUAUGGGCGUUUGAGGUUAUAUUUUGCACUGAUUUCUAUCUGAAGCUAGCCCAAGCUAACAUUACAUUUUAUAUUAAAAUACCUUCAGGAAUGCCCUGCUUUAUUUAUUGCAGGUUUUGCUUAGUUUUUGUGUGUUUUUUAUUUCUUCAGUCAUUUCUUUUCAAUGUUAGCAUUCUUUUUUUAAUGACCACUAUACAAUUUGAUAUCUCAUUUAUGGCCUGCAAAAUGCAUUUUGCAAGGUCAAAAUAUAAUUUUUCGAUGCCAUAAAUGAUUACUCCACAUUCAUAAAAAAAUUCCUGAUAAUUUACUCACCCCUUGACUAAAGAAAGAAAGAGAUAAACAUCUUGGAUUACAUGGGGGUAAGUAAAUUAUCGAGAAUCUUUUUAUGAACGUGGAGUAAUCCUUUAAAACUCAAAGCAUUGCUGUUUAUCUAAGACUAUAUCUAUUUAUAAGAGAUUGACAUAUAUCAGGGUCCUUUAUAUCAAAAUUAUCUUUGUGAUUUAUAUUUUUCACCUGUUUUUUUUACGUUUACUAGUCUACUAGCCACUAGUAUUUAUUGGGGACUUUUCUCACUGUUGUGCUUAUUUAUGCUACAGACACUGUGUUUGAUCUUGUUUGAUAGAGAAAAACAUUAAACAUUGAUGCCUAACACCCACAGG